GUCUUUCUCACUCUUUUUCCUUCUCAACUUGCACAUAGUUGGCAACGCUACGAAAAUUUCAGCGAAAAGAGACCAGGGUGUCCCUUUCUGACUGCAAAGCUGCCGAAAAUUCAGUCUUGUUUUAUCGGCUGAGCGAGUGUGAACGGCGUGGCAAAUGCGCGAGUAGUGCAAUUUUAAUUCGAAUGUGCGAAGAAGAAAACUAAGAAAAGAGACCAAAUUGAAGAUUUUUCCUUUCAUCAAGUUUAAACGAGUUUAAUACAUUUUAACCGCUUCGAUGAUGGAGGAUCUGACGAAGAAUAUAAUAUUCACUACGAAUGCAAUAGGCGCCAAUGGGCAGCCUACUACUAUACAAUACCAAACAGCUGAUGGCACCAUAUUAAAACAGCCGAAAAUAGAGGGACAGAAGGAGCAGCCCACAUUCUAUUAUACUACCACAAAUGGCGGCGCCGCAACCACAGUUAAUUUAGCACAACUUACCACUGAUGACAACAAAACUUGCUACAUAGCGCAACCCGUUGGUGGUUACAACUACGCGCUCGUGAAUGGCAUGCAACUAAAUCAAGGUAGCACCAUCGGUAUUGCCACUUUGGAUGCACAGGGACGUUUGCAGAUUGUAAACCAAAACAAACCAAUUGCAGCAUCUUUGCAGGCUAUCUCGCCCAUGCCGAAUACCAUCUCAAACAUCAGUUUCAAAUGCGAUGUGUGCGGUUUAAUGUUUUCACACUUGGCGCUAUUGAAUCACCAUAAACGUAUACACACGCAGGACGGUAGUGAUCAACAACAGGGUCAACCGGAAACCAUAGUUGUGAAUGCGCAAGGAUUAGUACAGACACAAAAUAUUAUCACUGAAAAUGGUCAAAUGGGGCAGAUACAAAUUGUGGCCACCGAAGCUCUGGAACCGGCUACAACUGUAUUGCAACAGCAACAGCAGCAGCAACAUAACGCAGUGGUCACAAAUGUCACCACGCAGAAUACCGGCAACGAAUUAGCCGUCAAUACAAACAACAUCGCUGGAUUAAAAUCCGUUAAACUCACACAAUCAAAAUGUAUAACAUGUGGUAAUCAAAUGUUGCAGCCAGCCAAACGCAAAGGACCAAAACUGGUGCGUUGCGAGGAUUGUAUACGUGCCGAUCAAGAGAUGCACGCACCGCAAGGCAUCACACCCACGCAAAUUUUCGUUGCACAAGAUGGUGACAUAAAAUGUGAACUAAAUGAAUUCGUAACUGGCGGUAGUGCGGAUUCCUCGCCAAUGGACACACUUUCAGGGCAAGGUGGCAUGUUGACACAUCACCAGUUGCAACCAGUGCAGGUGGUUACAGCUAGUUCACCGGAGUCACAUCAACAACAAAGCAGCCAACAACCACAAAAUAUUGCGCCGAAGCAAGAACAAACAGGCGGACAGUCAACUGCAGUCAAUAAUCAUCCAGUGAAGAAACGCAAUCAACAACAAGUGACCAAAUGUCAAAAGUGCAAUGGAUCUGGCGUGGUGUUUGUGGGAUCAGGCACGCCGGCCACCAAACAGCAGGCUGUCAAUGUAAAAGCAGAAAACCCCAAGCCGUUUACAUGCAACAUUUGUGGCGGCACCUUUUCGCGUUACUCGAGUCUGUGGUCACAUAAGAAACUACACAGCGGCGAAAAGAAUUAUAAGUGCACAAUUUGUGGACUGGCUUUUGCAAAGGCGGUCUACUUGAAAAACCACGCAAGGAUACACACCGGCGAGAAGCCUUACAAAUGUCAAACAUGUGGCAUGCAGUUUUCGCAAUCGCCACAUCUCAAGAACCACGAGCGCACGCACAGCGGCGAACGGCCAUAUGUCUGCGAAGUUUGUGAUAAAGGCUUUGCGCGCCACGCCACCUUAUGGAACCACCGGCGCAUACACACCGGCGAAAAACCCUAUAAGUGUGACAUAUGCGGUUCGGCAUUCUCACAGGCUGCACAUUUGAAGAAUCACGCAAAAGUGCACUCCGGCGAAAAACCAUUCCGUUGCGAUAUCUGUUCGGCGGCGUUUGCCGAUCGCUUUGCGCUCAAGCGGCAUAGAGGCAUUCAUCAGAAAUACGGACAAACUGCACCGCGACAACCAGCGCAAACGCAGCAACAACAGUCAAUGACCACCGAUGGGCAAAGUGUUAUGAUACAUAAACAGGAAAUACCCGAAAUGGAUGACGACGCACAGCAAGAGGUGAUCAUAUCUGGCUUAUAGACAAAAGCGGCAACAGCAACAGUUGCCACAAACGCAAUUAUUGCUGCGCAGCGGUAUCAAUUACACGCGACCACCACUUCCGCUACCCCCACUUUAACGGCGACAACGACAGCGAAUAACAAGUUGCAACAACAACAACCACCAUCAAAAAUGCAACAACAAACAUCCUUGCCAACACAAACGCAACAGCAAACUGCAGUUGGUGUUACAACAACUGUAACGGCCAACAUCAACAGUCAACAGCAUCAGAUAACACAACUUCAAACGCAACCGCAACAACAACAACAGCCACAAACUCAAACACACAUGAGUCAACAGCACUACACUACCACAUAUUUGCAUGAUACCAAUAACACGGCUACAGGUGCAACAACAAUAGCGCGUCCACCAAUGCAAACUGUCAGCUACUAUUAUCAGCAGCACACGGCAACAGGUGAAAUAAUUGUUGCUGCCACCCCCGCGCCCCUAACACCCUCUACUUCGGGCAAUGUGUAUCCACAUGCUUAGAGGAGUUACUUGGCUUAGGGCCGUCAAAGACGCUUGGACUCUUAUGGUAGUUGUUGUUGCCUUCAUUUUAUUGUUGUUUUUUAUGACGUCGUUGCAAUAGUAGGUUUCACAUGUGCUUGAGGCACACAUGCAAUCUACAGUUUGAAUUUUUUUGCAGUGCAGCACACUUUUCCAACUCCUUUACAUAUUAGUGUUUCUUACUAAAAUCGAUUGGAUACUUGUAAUUACCGAAUAUUUUAUAUUUGUAACUGCACUUGUUCUGUGUGCACCGUUUGUGUUUCGGCCUUGUCUAAAACACUUUUGCGCUAGUGAUUUUACUUGGUUUCAUGUGCCAAUUCAAUUAUAUUAGGAACGGUUUAAUUGAUUACUAAGCGUCUCGAGGUUGCAAGAAAUCGUCACUACUGCUAUUAUGCUAAGAAAAAUUGCUGCAACUCUUCCAAGUAAACUUUGUUGGUUCGCCUAUAUUCAUUCGAACACUUUUAUAGUUUCGGUUAAUAUUCCCACUGACUUCCAACCGUUUUCUUCGCGUUGUGUAAUUUUAUCUUACUGCUCAACAAUAUUGCGACCGGAUCAGCGUGAAUAGUUGAUUACGUUUAUUUUAAUUUUAUAUAUACAUACAUAUAUAUUUUAAGUGUACACAAAUAAUUAUUAUAUAUCUAUUAAUUAG